CCCUGGCACAGGCUUCCUUGCCGUCAUCUGCCUCCCCGGCUGCCCACUUGGACGUUGGAACGGAGGAUCGUACUGGCGAAGAGCCAUGGGGCGAGCGACCCUGGCCCUCAGCUGGGCCGCUGCUGCCAUCCUGGCACUGCAGAUGGUGGCCGCGGCAGAGCGCUCGCCAUGGACCCUGCGCGGCAGGGGCGAUGUGUUCGCAGACCUGAGCGCGCAAGAGCUGAAGGCCGUGCGCAGCUUCCUCUGGUCCCAGAAAGAGCUGAGGCUGGAGCCCUCCAGAGUGUUGACCAUAGCCAAGAACUCCGUCUUCCUCAUUGAGAUGCUGCUGCCCAAGAAGCAACGGGUGCUGAAAUUUCUGGAUAAAGGUGAAAGGCGUCCAGCUAGGGAGGCCCGUGCCGUCAUCUUCUUUGGAGCCCAAGAGCAUCCCAACAUCACCGAGUUUGCUGUGGGGCCCCUCCCAGAGCCCUACUACAUGCGCAAACUGCCCUCCAAGCGUGGACACCCGGCCUCCUGGGCCUCCAGGCCCAUCUCUGCGGUGGAGUAUGUCCUCCUGAGCCACGCCCUGCGGGAGCUCACCAAACCACUGCACCAAUUUUUCCUGGAUACCACAGGCUUCUCGUUCAAAGACUGCCACACCCGAUGCCUGACUUUCACAGACGUGGCUCCCCGUGGCCUGGCCUCUGGCCAGCGCCGCACUUGGUUUAUCUUACAGCGCUAUGUAGAAGGCUACUUCUUGCACCCCACUGGGCUGGAGCUCCUCGUGGAUCAUGGAAGCACAAAUGCCCAAGACUGGACAGUGGAGCAGGUCUGGUACAACGGGAAGUUCUAUCAGAGCCCAGAAGAACUGGCUCAGAAGUAUAAUGAUGGAGAGGUGGCUGUGGCGGUCCUAGAGGACCCACUUCCCAAGGGCAAGAGGGGAGAGAACAUAGAGGAGCCACCCCUCUUCUCCUCCUACAAGCCACAUGGGGACUUCCCCACCCCCAACACUGUGCACGGCCCCCGCCUGGUCCAGCCCCAAGGCCCUCGCUACAGGCUGGAGGGCAACACUGUGCUCUAUGGGGGCUGGAGCUUCGCCUUCAGGCUGCGCUCCUCCUCGGGGCUGCAGGUCCUGAACGUGCACUUUGGGGGGGAGCGUGUAGCCUAUGAGGUGAGCGUGCAAGAGGCAGCCGCGCUCUACGGAGGACACACACCCGCGGGCAUGCAGACCAAGUACACUGACGUGGGCUGGGGCUUGGGGAGCGUCAGUCACGAGUUAGCCCCUGGCAUCGACUGCCCAGAGACGGCCACCUUCCUGGAUGCCCUGCACCACUACGAUGCUGAUGACCCCAUCCACUACCCCCGAGCCCUCUGUCUCUUUGAGAUGCCCACGGGGGUGCCCCUUCGGCGGCACUUCGAUUCCAACUUCAACGGUGGCUUCAACUUCUACGCAGGGCUCCAGGGCCAGGUGCUGGUGCUGCGAACGACUUCAACAGUCUAUAAUUAUGACUAUAUCUGGGACUUCAUCUUCUACCCCAACGGAGUGAUGGAGGCCAAGAUGCACGCCACCGGCUACGUCCACGCCACCUUCUACACCCCCGAGGGGCUGCGCCACGGGACCCGCCUGCACACGCACCUGCUUGGCAACAUGCACACUCACUUGGUGCAUUACCGCGUGGACCUGGAUGUGGCAGGCACCAAGAAUAGCUUCCAGACCCUGCGGAUGAAGCUAGAAAACAUCACCAACCCCUGGAGCCCGAGACACCGCCUGGUCCAGCCGACUCUAGAGCAGACGAGGUACUCGCGGGAGCGCCAGGCGGCCUUCCGCUUUGGACGGACUCUGCCGGAGUACCUGCUCUUUACCAGCCCCAAGGAGAACCGCUGGGGCCACAGGCGCAGCUACAGACUGCAGAUCCACUCCAUGGCCCACCAAGUGCUGCCCCCGGGCUGGCAUGAGGAGCGGGCUGUCACCUGGGCCAGGUACCCCCUGGCAGUGACCAAGUACCGGGAGGCGGAGCUGUGCAGCAGCAGCAUCUAUAACCAGAACGACCCCUGGGACCCGCCUGUGGUCUUUGAGAAGUUUCUUCACAACAACGAGAACAUUGAAAAUGAGGACUUGGUGGCCUGGGUCACAGUGGGCUUCCUGCACAUCCCCCACUCAGAGGACAUCCCCAACACAGCCACACCGGGAAACUCCGUGGGCUUCCUGCUCCGCCCCUUCAACUUCUUCCCCGAGGACCCAUCCUUGGCAUCCAGAGACACUGUGAUCGUGUGGCCUCGGGACAACGGCCCCAACUACGUCCAGCGCUGGAUCCCUGAGGAGGAUGGGGACUGCCUGAUGCCCACCCCUUUCAGCUACAAUGGAACCUACAGGCCUGUGUGAAGGGCCCCCUGCCCCCAACUAACUCUUACCUAGAAGCCCAUCACCCCCCAGGGAUGGAUAAUAAACCCCUCACGCUCA